AUGAAAGGAAACCAAGGACUGAAAGAUCAACAACUUGCUCUGAAAUGGGUGACAAUAUUUGGUAACAGCGCCGGUGCACAAUCGGUUAUGUUUCACACACUUUCCGGUGUCAGCAAAAAUUUGUUUCGUAAUUCAAUUCAACAAAGCAACCCGGCUAUAUUUUCAUUUGUCUAUCCUUCCAUCGAUGAAUCGCUCCGAAUAACCGACAGACUAUUGCAGAACCUCGAUUGCUUUGGAAGCGAAAGAGAAUGUUUGAUGAAUUCGUCUCCAGAAACCAUUGUCAAUCAGACAGCCAAAGUUGAAUUUCUAACAUAUUUUGAGGAAGAACUCUUUAUGUAUAUAGCAGAAACCUAUCUUCCAGUUAUUGACGAAGUAGAGUUUGUCGAUCAGCCUAUAUCUUUAUAUCGAGAUGGAAAGUGGAACAAACACCAAAAUAUGAUUAUUGGUAUCAACACGCAGGAAUCUGAAUAUCAGGCGGGUGUUUCCCAAGAAAUUGUAUACGAUGAGCAGUUUUUUAUGCUUGCUACUAAAGCUUUGUUUGGUGGCGACAUUGCUCCAUCCGUUGUUGAAAAGUAUAAGGAAUUAUACCCAUUGAAAGAAGAUGAAGACUUCCGAGUAACCUUUGGAAAACUUCUCACGGAUUACACCCUUGUCUGUCCUAGUUUGCUGAUGGCAAAAUAUGCAGCAAAUACUUCCGACAAUUCCUCAGUUUAUUUCUACGCAAAUAAUCAAAAAGUUUUGCUGGAUACGUGCGUUACUGCUAAUGAUGGCAAUAAAACAGGGUGUUAUUACUCGUUCCAUGCAUCAGAAUUGGAAUACGUCUUUCGUACUUACGAAGAAGUUCGAACUGCCGACUUCACUGCUGAAGAUGAAUUAGUUGCAGAUCAAUUUAGUGCAUUUUGGGGUAGUUUCUCCAGAACCGGAAAUCCUUCAAAUGACUCGAUGAAAUAUAAUGAUAGUUUUUCCCUCUGGCCCGAAUUCAAAUACAGUAAAGACUGGAAUUACCUGCUUAUAAAUACAGCGAGCGAGGUAAAACAAAAAUACAAAGAAAGUAUUUGUAAUUUUUGGGAUGAAACUGGCUACGUGCACAGAAAAACUGCUGAAUUUACCACUGGAUCGAUGUCGAUCACAAGUGAUCAACAGCUUACUACGGACACCGGGGUACUUAUUCAAGUAAACAUUUGGCAAGUUAUUAUCAGUGUAUUAAUCUCAAUUAUUGGUUCCAAAUUCUAAGUGCUCGUGACUCUCA